GGGGGAAGUUGGGGAGGAGGGGGGUGGGAUACCGGGUAGAAUAUAUCAGCGUUUGAGGGUUAAAAAAAACUGUAGCUGAUUAAGAGGAAGAAUAAUCACCAGGAUUUACAGAGAAACUCACAGCAGCUGAUGUCUCACCAGUUCCAUCAUUCCGGAGUUUAAUAUUUGUCCGAACAAGGCUUCGAUUUACAACCGGAUCAUUUUCCUAAAUAAUAGAUAAUUUCACCAGACUACUUCAGCAAGAGAGAAACCCAGAGUAACGAAGGAAUUCCUAUUCAACUCUCAGGAAUCCAUUUCCGGUAACUCCACGUUCUUAAUAACAAUUAAUUUUUUUUUGGAAGCCUCCAGCCAGUAAACAAUAAGUCAUGGAAAUAGGCAAAGCAACUUGAUGUCCAGUUUCUGGGGUGAUGGGGUUCAGCACAGAUCUAUGGUGUCCCCAGGGACACACCAUGCUGCUACGCUUACAAGACUCGGAGCUCCGGCUGCUGGAGAUGAUGAAGAGGUGGAUGAGCAAUCGAGUCAAAAGCGACAAGGAAUACUCAGGGUUACUUCACCAAAUGUUCUCUCAAGUAGAGAAGCAGGAGAACACCCAGCAGGCUGGAGGGCUCGAUUACAUCAGUCAGGUCAACAAGUCCUGGUCAGUGAUUGUGAGUCAGACAGAGGUUUUAAGCCGAGUGAUGCGGAAACAUUCAGAGGAUGUGAACUCGGGGCCGAUUCACAAACUGACACUUUUAAUCCGUGACAAGCAACUGCUGAAGAAGAGUUACAGUGAACAAUGGCAGCAGAUUAACCAGGAGCUGAACAAGAGCACACAGAGCGAGAUUGAGAGGCUGAAGUUGCAGUAUCGGCAGCAAGUCAAGGAGACUAACUCAGCAAAGCGGAAAUUUCAGGAGGCCAGUAAAGACAGAGACCGGGACAGAAUGAAGGAUAAAUAUGUCAAAUCCACCAUGAAGAUGCACCUACUUCACAAUCAGUAUGUACUCGCUGUCAAAUCAGCAGAGGUCCAUCACCAGCACUAUUAUCAGCAGGGUUUGCCAGGAAUACUCAACACUCUGCAGGACCUACAUGAGGAGAUGGUUUUAAUUCUUAAAGAGAUUUUGCAGGAAUAUCAAGAGAUCACCAGCCUGGUCCAGGAGGAAGUGGUGACCAUUCAUCGGGAGAUCAGUGAUGUUAUUGAGGCGAUCAACCCACACAAAGAAUAUGAGAGUUUCAUCGAGCAAAACAGGUCAGUAGCCGAGGUCCCUCCGCUCGUGACCUUUGACACUAGCCUCCUGGAGGACUUGGACAAUUUGCAGGUGGGAGAAUUAGAACUCAACGACUUGACCAUUGAAUCAGUGCAACACAGUUUAACAUCCAUCGAGGAAGAAUUGCAAUCUCUGACAGGGACCAUUGACAACCGACAGGCAACCAUCAGACAGAUUUCCACAGAAAUAGCAGCAGAGGAACAGUCAAGUGGCUGCAGAUCACGUGUUUACAUCUUCAGCAAGAGAUGUGCUUUGGAGGAGAGUCAACAGCAGGUCCAGGUGCUUCUGUGCAACAAGGGGAGGCUGGAGGCACAGCGACUGUCCCUGCAGCAGAAGUUGAAAGAGCUGGGAGACAGGGAGCCUCCAUCAGCCCUGCAGUUAGAGGAGGAUCGAUAUUCCAAUUCCUCAGUUGGGAAGGAUAAUCUCAGAGCCUUAUCCAUAGAAACGCUGAAGACCCAUUUCACCGGACUCUUCAAACCAAAGUUCAGUCUCCCUCCUCUCGUGCAAGUUGUACCUGCCGUUCAAAAGCCUCUUUGCCAGCAGACCUGGUAUCACGGUGCCAUUCCCCGCUUGGAAACUCAGCAGCUGCUGGUCAACGAGGGAGACUUCCUGGUGCGUGAGAGCCAGAACAAGGGGGAGUAUGUUCUGUCCGUGAUGUCUGCAGGACAGUGUCGCCAUUUUAUCAUUCAACAUGCAGACUCCCAGUAUCGAUUUGAUGGUGAGAGUUUUCCCACAAUCCCUCUCCUCAUUGACAAUCUCUUGAAAAGCAAACAACCUGUCACCAAGAAAACCGGAGCUAUCCUGAUGAAACCAAUUGCUAAGGAUAAGUGGGUACUAGACCAUGAAGAUGUUCUAAUAGGAGAUCGAAUCGGUCGGGGUAACUUUGGUGAAGUGUUCAGCGGGAGGAUGAGGAAUGACAACACUCUAGUCGCUGUAAAGAUGUGCCGUGAAAGUCUGCCAGCGGAUCAGAAGAAUAAGUUCCUGAUGGAGGCCAGAAUCCUGAAACAAUACGAUCAUCCAAACAUUGUCAGGCUGAUUGGAGUAUGCACUCAGAAACAGCCAAUUUAUAUUGUCAUGGAAUUGGUACAAGGAGGAGAUUUCUUGACAUUUUUACGCAAUGAAGCAAAUAAUCUUAGCACCAAAGACCUGAUAAAGAUGGCGGAGAAUGCUGCUUCUGGUAUGGCCUAUUUGGAAAGCAAGCACUGCAUCCACAGAGAUCUGGCAGCCCGGAACUGCCUGGUUUCAGAGAAGAACAUUCUGAAGAUCAGCGAUUUUGGGAUGUCUCGAGAAGAGGAGGAUGGAGUGUACUCUUCUACUGGAGGAAUGAAGCAAAUUCCUAUCAAGUGGACAGCACCUGAAGCACUCAAUUAUGGGCGGUUCACAACUGAGAGUGACAUCUGGAGUUAUGGGAUACUGCUGUGGGAGACAUUCACUCUGGGUUCAACACCAUACCCAACCAUGACAAAUCAGCAAACUCGAGAGGAGGUUGAACAAGGUUAUCGACUCAGUGCCCCAGAAUCCUGUCCAGAGGAGAUUUACGGUAUCAUGUGUCGCUGUUGGCAAUACGAUCCUAAGAAACGGCCGAGUUUCAGCAUCGUUCACCAGGAGCUUCUGACAAUCAGGAAAAAAUGGCGAUGAAACCGGAUGCGAUUGCUUCUCUAAACCGUCCCCUAUCUCCCUCAGUGUGACACAGGGGUUUACAGAACUGCGAAUGACACCGUGUGUUUAACUUAGGAGCUUUAGGGAUGAGUGAUUAAGUCUGGCCUUGCUAGCUCUACUCAUAUCCAAAGAAUAUACAAACAAAAUAUUUCCACAAAGUUUUUUUUUGGGUUAGUUGGGGGUGAGGGGUGGGGUCUGG